ACUGUUCAAACUCAAUACGUGUCUCCUCUUUCUAGUUGACUCUUUAAAAUUCUUACACACAAAAACAGAGACAAAAUACUCAAAAAGAAUCACCAUUAACAAUGGACCUUCAAGAAUCAAUCAGCAACCAAACAGGCGUAUCCUUAACACUAUCCAAACAUGUCUUUUCCACCGAAGUUAAAGGGGACGCCAACAUGGUCUUCUCCCCUUUGUCGAUCCAUGUAGUAUUGGGUCUCAUAGCAUCGGGUUCAAAUGACCCGACCCGGGCCCAAUUGCUUUCUUUCCUCAAAUCCAAAUCUAUUGAUGAACUCAACUCUCUUUCUUCUCAGCUUGUUGAUGUUGUAUUUGUUGAUGGUGGGCCUAGUGGUGGGCCCCGUCUCUCUGUUGCUAACAGUGUUUGGGUUGAACAGACUUUGCCUUUGAAGUAUUCUUUCAAACAGAUUGUGGACAAUGUUUAUAAGGCUACUUCUUCUUCUGUUGAUUUUCAGAACAAGGCUGUUGAGGUUGCCGGUCAAGUGAAUCAAUGGGCUGAAAAGGAAACAAGCGGGCUUAUCAAAGAAAUUCUUCCAGCUGACUCAGUUGACAGUGCAACAAGACUUGUGUUUGCAAAUGCAUUGUACUUUAAAGGAGCCUGGGAUGAGAAGUUCGAUGCAUCACUGACAAAGGACAAUGAGUUUCACCUUCUCAGUGGGACGUCUGUUCAAGUGCCCUUCAUGACUAGCAAGAAGAAGCAAUAUGUGAAAGCCUAUGACGGUUUCAAGGUGUUGAGCCUUCCGUAUAAACAGGGUGAGGAUAGGCGUCAUUUCUCCAUGUACUUCUUUCUUCCUGAUGCGAAUGAUGGACUGCCAGCUUUGGUAGAAAAGGUCAGUUCUGAAUCCCAAUUCUUGGAGCGACACCUACCAUAUCAGAAGGUUGGAGUUGGUGAAUUUCGUAUCCCCAAAUUUAAAAUAUCGUUUGGAUUUGAAGCUUCUAAUGUUCUGAAAGGGCUUGGCCUGGUAUUGCCUUUCUCCGGUGAUGGCCUCACCGAGAUGGUUGACUCCCCUGUUGGCAGUAACCUUUAUGUAUCUAGCAUCUUUCACAAAUCCUUUAUCGAGGUAAAUGAAGAGGGAACAGAAGCUGCAGCUGCAACCGCUAGUGUGGUUAAACUAAGAUCAGUGAUGGUGGAAGAGAAAAUAGGCUUUGUUGCUGAUCAUCCGUAUCUCUUCCUGAUAAGAGAAGAUGCAACAGGUGCGGUACUGUUUGUUGGUAGUGUGCUUAAUCCUCUCAUAGACUAAGUUGUAUUCCACUAUAUGGAGGUUGAUAUAUGUCGUUUGCAUCUUCUAUGUAUUACUUGGGACUUCUUUGGCACCCCGAGUUAGUUUAAACAGCCUUCAAGCGCUCCUAUCUUGAGAUCUAUUCCUUAUGGAAGAGUGUUUUUAUGUACCCUUCAAUAAUCAUACUUCUUUCUGAAGCUGCGAGUGAAAUUUGUCAACUACUCUUUGUACAAUUGAAGUCAGUGCGACUUGUAUACUUCAACUUGUAGUUAUGGUUGAUAUAGCUACAUGUGUUUUCUUGUC